AUGGUUUCUCGAUCCAUUCUCGCUGUGGCGGCUGCCGCUAUGUUCCUCGGAGCCGAAGCCGGCCCUUGUCGGCCCACUACUGCCACAAGCUUGGCCGAUAGUGAGACCUCGUCGAUUGUUUUACCCGUGUCUGAGUCUACAACGUUGACGACCUUGAUCGAGACUACCCCCACGGCUGUGGCUGAGACUACAUCGACUGUCCUGGAUGAAGUCACACCAACCACGCUUGCUGCAAGCACCACGACUUCCGAAGCACCAAACUGUGUCGAAACUCAAGUUGUUUCCAACCCAGGCUUCGACGACAACAACGAUCUUUCGCCUUGGACGAGCAGUGGAAGCCUGACUGAUAAUGGCGCUCAUUCCGCUCCCAAUGCUGUGUCCUUUGGGUUUCAGUAUGGUCAGGGUUCCAAUCAGAUCGCCCAGAAUUUGCCCACCCUAGAUGGCGAUUAUAGAUUAUCUUAUCGAUGGUCUGUACCUACCGUAGUUGGGCUCCAAGGAUUUAGUUGUACCAUCCAACCCAAGAUCGGUAGCGACGCGCUUCCGGCCGCUAAUCCUUAUGAACGUUCAGGUUGGAAUUCGGAGAGUGAGACCUGGUCCAGCGGAGGCACUUCUGUUGUAGGAGUCGCUAUCUCAUUCAAAAUUGAUUGUUCUGGAGAGUACGAUGACCUCACUAUCCUUCUCGAUGACGUUACCUUGACUCGAGACUGCAACGGAGCAAUUCGUGGAGACUGA